CGGAGCCAGCAGGAGUCGGAGAGGUCCCUGCAUCUGGGGGCGGGGCUGACUCGGAAGACCCGCCCGCCACCUGGUUCUGUUCUAGGCAGAGGUGGCCUGAAGCGCUCAGUUCCCUCAGCUCCCGUAGCUCUGGCGGAGUCUGCGCGAUGGGAGACCCGGGAAGGCCGGAAGCGGCCAGGCCCGAGCAGGAGGAGAGGUUAUCUUCAGAUACCAACGAAAACGAAGCAAAGUCAAAUGAAGAGCCACUCCUAAGAAGGAGUUCUCGCCGAUUUGUCAUCUUUCCAAUCCAGUACCCUGAUAUUUGGAAAAUGUAUAAACAGGCACAGGCCUCCUUCUGGACAGCAGAAGAGGUUGACUUAUCAAAGGAUCUCCCUCACUGGAACAAGCUUAAAUCAGAUGAGAAGUAUUUUAUCUCCCACAUCUUAGCCUUCUUUGCAGCCAGUGAUGGAAUUGUGAAUGAAAAUUUGGUGGAGCGCUUUAGUCAGGAGGUGCAGGUUCCAGAGGCUCGCUGUUUCUACGGCUUUCAAAUUCUCAUCGAGAAUGUUCACUCAGAGAUGUACAGUUUGCUAAUAGACACUUACAUCAGAGAUCCCAAGAAAAGGGAGUUUUUGUUUAAUGCAAUUGAAACAAUGCCAUAUGUUAAGAAAAAAGCAGAUUGGGCCUUGAGAUGGAUAGCAGAUAGAAAAUCUACUUUUGGGGAAAGGGUGGUGGCCUUUGCUGCUGUGGAAGGAAUUUUCUUCUCAGGCUCUUUUGCUGCUAUAUUUUGGCUGAAGAAGAGAGGUCUUAUGCCUGGCCUCACUUUUUCCAAUGAACUCAUCAGCAGAGAUGAAGGUCUUCACUGUGACUUUGCUUGCCUGAUGUUUCGGUACUUAGUAAAUAAGCCUUCAGAAGAAAGGGUUAGGGAGAUCAUUGUUAAUGCUGUUGAAAUUGAGCAGGAGUUUUUAACAGAAGCUUUGCCAGUUGGCCUCAUUGGAAUGAAUUGUGUUUUGAUGAAACAGUAUAUUGAAUUUGUAGCUGACAGGUUGCUUACAGAACUUGGAUUCUCAAAGGUUUUUCAGGCAGAAAAUCCCUUUGAUUUUAUGGAAAACAUUUCUUUAGAGGGGAAAACAAAUUUCUUUGAGAAACGAGUUUCAGAGUAUCAGCGCUUUGCAGUUAUGGCGGAAACUACAGAUAAUGUCUUCACCUUAGAUGCAGACUUUUAAAAUGCUCCCAAUAUCUAAACUUAUCAUUGGUAAAUAGCAGUCUUUUUUUCUCUGCUUUAAAAAAAAAAAAGAACUUAUACUAUCUCCUUUAGGGCAUAGGAGUUUGCUCAAAAGGAAAUCUAAAACUAAAUUUCAGUCAAGUUGGAUUUAUAUAAAUAUGCUUUAAUUUUCCUGUUUAACAGCAGGAGUAUGACCUAAAUGCUCUUGUUUUGUCACUAAAAUAUAAGACGGCGUCACGUAGUUGUUGAGAGCAUGGGGCGAGGGGUCAGAUAUGAGUUUGCAAGUCUGUCUGUCUUUGUGUGACCCAUGAUAAGUCAGUUAAUCUCUCUAAACCUCAGUGUACUUACCUUUAAAAUGAAUGUAAUAGUUGGUCCUAAAUUCAGAGUGUGUAUGAGGAUUAAGACACAAAAUAAGUUCUUAGCCAAUGCUACUGUUGCAGCCUCCUCGUCCUCCUCCCCACUCCUCUCCUAUUUUUAUUAUUAUUAAUAAUGUUAAUUGCAGUGAUGUUGUGAUAAAAUACUUCCAUCUCCUCAAAGUCAUUGUGAUUCUAGGUCCUAAGAUCUAAAAUUAGAUCUUUGUAUUUUUAAUGGAGGAAGAACAUAAAGAUUUCCUUAAAAAGAAACAUGAGAAUAACCUCUUCGAACUUCUCAGUAUGUAGUUAAGGAAACUGAGUAUUUAGUUGCUUUGGGCAGGAUACGUAUGGAGUGGAAUUCAGGAAGUUAUCAUGGUAGUUGACCUUGUAAGCAAAAUGAUUCUGCUCCUUCAGAAAUUAAAAGGGUAAUUUUUGCCAGACAUAGCCCUGGAAUGUUUAAAACUAGGGUGAAUUAUCUAGAAUAGCAUUUCCUGAAGAGUACUGUAAGAGCUGUUAGCCCCUCUAAAUAUUUUGUGGGAGGAAGAAAAAGAAGAUUCUGUGGUCAAAUGAGUUUGGGAAAUAUUGCACACUCCAUUCCUUUUUAGAAAGUAUAGUCAGUACAUCAAAGACUAAGAAUUUCUGCAGUACAUAAACUUACUUCCCCCUGCAUAUUCCAAACCUACUUAGCAGAGGUCUGUGUUUCACUUGUUAAUAUUUCACCUAACUGACGCUCCUCAGAACAUAGUUGGAAAAACCUUGUGGACCAAGCAAGGGAGAACAUGGUAAGGAUUAGUGAACCAUUUCAACUUUGUGCCAAGCUGAGUAAUGUACCUGUGAUUGACCUCAGCUAUGUUUCUUAUACUCCUAAAACUCUUCUAUGCUAUUAUAAGAUUUGGUUCUUUUCUGCAACUAUGCACGCUGCACGAUAGCAGAUGGUGAGGGAAACUGAGGAAGGGCCAGCAGCCAAGGUCUCUGAGAAGUCUGCGCCCUCUAUCAUAGGGAAAUGUCAAGGUAGCCUGAGCUCCGGCAAGCAGUGGGGCUCCUCACUCACAACAAACUACUUUAUAAAAUUCUGGAAUAAGGUUUAGAGAUUUUUCUCUUUGCAUACAUUUUGAUUCCAUUCAUUAUACAACUAUCUAAUUGGUUAAAACUUGGAGUUUUCAAGUGAUGUGAAAGGACAGGCCAUAACGUUGUCUAUUGGAGUAUAUCAGAAACUUGAGCUGUUUUGGCCUAUGAUGAUACCAUUUACUUGUUCAACACUUCGUAGUUUGGGAAGUGUUUUUACAUCACCUGAUUUGAUCUCACAACAGCCUUAUGAGCUUGAAAUUUUACAGAUGGAGAGAGUGAGGCUCAGAGACGUUCAAUAACUUGACCAAGAUCUGCUCAUAGUCACUGUCCCUACAAUAUAUUUCUUUUCUCAGAGGUUAUCAUAUUUCUUAUAUUUAGUCCCCUGCCAUCCAUCUUGAUUUGAUUUUGCCUAUUUUCCCAUUAAAGAAUCACAUACCUUAAUUAGGGUGUCAUAUACAUUAAUUAAAAUAUCAUAGUAUUAUAAACAUUUUAACUAUAUUUGGGUAAUGUGUUCAAAGAUAUUUAUCUACUGCCAUACAAAAACUUACAUUUAAAACUGAUAAAGUAUCAGUGGUGACAUCAGAAUGAAAGAAAAAAAGUUUUAUAUUGCAUAUUCCCUUUGUUUUGAAUCCAAAUCUUUUUUCUCAUAGGUAAUGACAGGUGCCUUAAUAUGAUGCUUAUUUAUAGUAGCAAUAAACCUAACUGUAUUGAGAUGAAGUUUUAAUACUGAAAUACUGGAUUUUUAAUACACUGGUUUAUUAUAUUAAGUAUUCUAUUCCCUUUUCCUGGCUUCCAGGUUGCAUAUUUAUUUAUUAUGUUUAAUAUUUUGGUUCUUAGUUCUUAAGGAAUCAAGAAGUUGUGGAAUCUCUUUUUACUAUCAUCUCACAGGCAAAGAAAAAAAUUCAGAGUAUGUUUAUAACUUUUUCGUUUUAACAGCACAUGUAUAUAAAUCAUUGCCAUAGUAAAGUUAAGUUGAUAUUUAAGAAUGUGAAAACUAGUUAUCCUAUGACAAAUUGCAUUUAUUAAAAAUGUUUCAUUGUAGCAUAGAAUCAUGGCUUGGAAGGACUCAGGAAGACCGUUUGAUCCAGUGCUCUCAACAGGGCUGUUCCGCUGUCUGAUUACAUGCAAUAAUAAAGUUAUUCUUACAAAAUAAA